AACUCUUCAUGGUGAAACUCUCCAGGUUUUUGGUGUUAUGGAUCUGUAUGAGAACUGCGAGGAUGGUCGAGGCUGUGGGUUUGUGGUUUGGAGAAAUUAUCACACUGACGACUGGAGGCGAGCGAGAGGCAUGAACAGAGUGGCGUACUUCGAGGUGGAGAUCCUAGACCCAAAGACCAGGACGCAGCUCUGCUACCUGGACAAGGUGGAUCCCAGCGCCACCAUCGGGGAAAUCAAAACCCAGCUGCACAGACUGUAUCCAAAGUGGUAUCCAGCCAGACAAGCACUGAAACUCCAUCCAGAAGGAAAAGCUCUUAAAGAUGAUGUUGUUCUGGAGGAACUGCCUGUGGGGACGACGGCCACCAUGUUCCUGCAUGACCUUGGGCCUCAGAUAGGCUGGACCAUGGUGUUUCUGUCAGAAAGCAUCGGCCCGCUCUUUAUCUAUCUGCUGUUUUAUUAUCGUCUGCCGUUUAUCUACAGUCACGAGUACGACUACACACGCAGUUCACACGCUGUCGUCAGACUGGCGUGUGUGUGUCACACUCUGCACUAUAUAAAGCGAUUACUGGAGACGAUUUUCAUCCAUCGCUUUUCACACGGAACUCUGCCGCUGCACACCAUCACACUGAAUUGUUUAUAUUAUUGGGGAUUUGCAGCGUGGUUAGCGUACUACAUCAACCAUCCUCUUUAUACCACACCCAUGUACGGAAAAAUUCAGAUCUACACUUCACUCAUUACCUUUCUGGUGUGUGAGUGUGGAAACUUCUCCAUUCACCUCACUCUGAACCGACUCAGCUGUAACGGCUCGAAGCCGAUGCAGAUUCCAUACCCGAGUAAAAACCCCUUCACCUGGCUCUUCUUCUUCGUCACCUGUCCAAACUACACAUAUGAGUUGGGGUCAUGGAUCAGCUUCACGGUGAUGACGCAGUGUGUUCCAGUGGCCGUGUUCACAGUGAUCGGGUUUGUACAGAUGACCAUUUGGGCUCGAGGAAAACACAAAACCUACAUACAGGAGUUUAGGGAAUAUCCUGAACUCAGGAGCGCCAUUAUUCCACUCUUCCUCUAGUGAUUUGGGACACAGCAUACGGAACCCUUUCAGAAACUCCUUUAUCUUACAGAAAAUACAGAGGCAGGACUAAACACAGUGUUCAUCCCUCCAUCAACACCAAACAUCUACAUCAACAUCAAAAUCAACACCAAACAUCUCUUCAUCAUCAUCAUCAUCAUCAUCACUAAACAUCACAGCGUUCAUCCCUACAGAACACCAACACUAACAUCUCAUUAACAUCAACACCACUAAACACUAACACUAAACAUCACUAACCACCCGGACACGAGCGGGUGGCGCGCACACACACACACACAGCAGAUUGAGAUUAAUAAAGUGUUAGCUACUGAACCUGUGAGAAUCAUGCAGCUCUCGCUCUUCACUAGUGACAUCACCUGUGUUUUUAUUUUAAUUUAUUGAAGCAUGUUUAUGUUAAUGACGGCACGGUGGCUUAGUGGUUAGCAUGUUCACCUCACAGCUCCAGGGUCCUGGUUUUGAGUCUCGCUCCUGCUCACUGUGUGUGUGUGUGUGUGUGGCGUUUGCAUGUUCUCCCCGUGCUUGGUGGGUUUCCUCUGGGUGCUCUGGUUUCCUCCCACAGUCCAAAGACAUGCUUCUAGGCUGAUUGGAGUCUCUAAAUUGCCCGUAGUGUAUGUGUGUGUGUGUGCCCUGCAAUGGGUUGGCACUCUGUCCAGGGAGUAUCCUGCUUUGAUGCCCGAGUAUAGAUCGGAUAAGGGGUACAGACAAUGAAAUGAAAAAAUGUUUGUUAGAGGAACGCUAAUUAGAGCGCCUGGGAUGAAAACUGAUGUCACUGAGAUGAAUGUGGUGAGACACCACAAACAGAUGAAUGUUUACUAAAAUGUCGUUCUAUUCUUAAUAAAAUUCAACAUUUUCUACAGAGUUUAAAGUUUGUGGAUUCUGGAAACAAUCAUUAAACCUUGAUCAGAAGCAACAAGAAAAUAAAA